AUGUCUCAAUUACGUCCUGAUUGUGAUGAAAAUGGUAGUUUACAUAGUUUCGGUCUAAAUAUGGCGAAUAUUGCAUGUCCUUUACCGUAUAUCGCAAAGAGGGAGUAUGGCUUACUACCAGAUAUUAAAUCACAAUUGUUUCAUCAGCGGCUUAUAGCAGCUAAAAAUUUGUAUCGUCGGGAUCUAGUAUGCCAUUUUGGCUGUGUUAAUGCAAUUGAGUUUUCCAGCAAUGGCGAGUUACUUGUAUCAGGUGGAGAUGACAGGCGUGUUAUGUUAUGGCAAUUUGGUCAAGCUAUAUUAGACCAUGGCAAACCUGAGGCCAUGAAAGCUGUACAUCAAUCCAAUAUAUUCUGCUUGGGUAUCACAUCUGACAAUCAGAAGAUAUAUUCUGGAGGAAAUGAUGAUAUAGUUAUUGUUCAUGAUUUGGAAUACAAGUGCCCCAUGGAAGUUCUUCAGCAUCAAAGAGCAGUGUGCAGCUUAAGCAUUGAUCCUUUUAAUGAGAGAGUCAUUUCUACUGCGGGGAAUGAUGGACGUCUACUUCUUUUUGACACAAGACAGUCUGUUCACGAAUCCCUUGUGAUAGCUCGCAGUGUAAAAGAGUUUCAUGGUGUAAUGUUCCACCCACAACAAGUUGGAAUACUAGUUUCCGCCAAUGCUCGAGAUGGAGUGGCUUUAUGGGAUUUAAGAUCUCCUAAACACCCAGUGCUACGCUAUGUCGGCAAACAUAAUGGUUCCUGUCAAAGCAGCAUGAGCGUGCGGUUCAACCAAGCGGGUACGCAUAUAUUGGCGCUGCGUAGGCGCAUGACGCCCGUUUUGUACGCGGUUCACGCCCCGGAGCCAGUUGCCGAAUUCUACCAUCAAGACUAUUAUAAUUCCUGCACUAUGAAGAGUUGCUGCUUUGCGGGAAAGGGAGACGAGUUUGUGCUGUCUGGGUCGGAUGAUUUUAAUCUAUACAUGUGGAAGAUACCUGACUCCCAAAGUUUUACCACCAAUGGUGAAAUCGAUACAAUGGUUGAAUCACCACACAUAGUUCUCUAUGGUCAUAGAUCAAUUGUAAAUCAGGUGCGAUACAACAACCAUUACUGUCUUAUUGCUUCUUCGGGGGUAGAGAAAAUAAUCAAAGUUUGGUCGGCAUUGGAGUAUCCUCAAAUGCGGGGUGCUCUUUUGGAAGAAGCACAGGGAUCUGACAAUCCGCGUGAGAUUUACAGCCACGAAGACUACGUGUCACUCGUUCAUCAUAGCGGGCAAUCCAUAUCGCACAAUUACGCUGAGCAGUCGACGAGUGAAGACCUGCGAAUGAUGGCGUUCUUCGACUCGCUCCUUCAACGCGAGCUAGAGUGCUUCGCAGAGGAAACUGAUUCGUUGGACGGUUCCAGCUCUGCGUCGCCUGGUGCUCACGACUCCGACUCCAGUACUGAUCAUAUUGUGGUGGACCUUCUACCGCUUCCACCCAAGCGAGCUCAGUCAACCAAUAGAAGUCUAAGAUGUCCUAAUAGACUUGCACGGCUAGUCGCGUCGCGAUAUCCAAAGAGUUCAAGAUCUCAAAAAAGAGGUUGCUUAAGACGCAAUAAACAGUCUCGUACAUGCGUCAGCAAGUCCGGGAAGAGUUCUACUGGCGCUAGUUGUAAGGGCAAGCGCGCGGCAGUCCGUCGAGCUAGAGGGGUACGGCGAGCACCAUCGCGGACGCUAGCGGUGCCCGCUCGCUCCAGAGUAUCAGCUCCGUCUAGCGAGAGGACCGACUCGGAUGAACCAAUGCACUCAUUAUACAGAAAUUCCGGACAAAUCAUUCGACCUCUACGACGACGUUUAAGCCUCACUAGAUCGUCCAAAAGAAAAAACACUACAAGCGGCUUGAUAAAAUCAUUAAGGAAUAAUGGUAACACAACACAAGAAAACGGUGACAAUAACUUUUCAAACUUCGAUGACACAUUACCUAGUACGAGCACAGGAUACAGAGGGCAAAAUUCAUCGCUAUUUCGCAUAGCAGAAGUCGAUUCAGACGACGACCAAUCCGUAAGCAGUAGGCCGAUAUCUCCGAGAAUUCAACACACAAAUAACAUUCCUAACAAUUUAAUAAGCAUUAUUCCGACGCCAAUAAACGGAUCGAGGGAUUCCCUGGGAGAGUCCCUGAGCGUAGAGCCAACUCACUUUGCACCGCAAGAGACCCGUUUGCGAAUGAGUUUAAGAAGAACGAGACGUAACGGUAGGCAUCUUCACUGCUCAGAUUCGAGCGAAUCCCCCCCACCAAAAAACGCAGCAGAACGCGCAUCCACAUCAAACGCAAAUAGACUCUCCCCUAAGCCGGGAUUCAAUAGAAGUGUCGCACGAUUGAUGAACGAAACUAAUGAGAGUGAACUAGAGAGUAGUUGCAGCACAGAGGGUAGUCUGUGGCCCGCGCCAGACACUAUGGCCACCCCGGAUAGCGGCGUGGGUACAGUCGUAGGUAGCAGCACUAGAAAUAACCAAGUGCCCAACGAUGACGUAUCGGACGACAUCGAAUAUCAAGUGCUUAAGUUUCGCCAGCGUGUUAAAAAGGCGCGAAGGAAUUACAGAAAUCAUCUAGACUCGGACUCUAACUGA